GGAGCUCGUGAUCCCGGAAGUGAGGCCGAGCUUGUGGCGAAAGUGAAUGCGAGUAAGAAAAGGGGAGGAGACCGGAAGGCAGGGACGCGACUCCCGCUCCUCCGCUCCAGCUGUGUGCGCGUGCCCGCUUGCCACUGCGUGAGUGCGUGCCCGCGUGCGUGCGCGGCCCUGGCGGCCGGCGUCGGACUCUUUGAAGUCGGGCGUGUCCGGAGACAGCUCAGGUUUCGUGGGGGUUGGGGCAGGUGCGGAGGAGCGGGCGUGGCCCGGGAUUGCAAAGAAGCCGAGCCUGAGGCACGAGGAGAGCGUGCUGGUUUCUCCACAUUUUGCCUUCUCCCAAGAAAGGAAAGUGGAGGAGGAGGGAAUGACUUCUGGGCUCCUGACGGCCAGGUCCCUGGAACUGAUGACGUUCCAGGAUGUGGCCGUGGACUUCACCCAGGAGGAGUGGGGGCACCUGGAGCCGGCCCAGAAGGACCUGUACAGAGACGUGAUGCUGGAGAACUAUCAGAACUUUGUCUCCCUUGGAGGUCUGCCAGCCCCCAAGCCUCAUGUGAUCUCCCAGUUGGAGAGAGGAGAAGCGCCAUGGAUAGCCGAGAGAGAAGCCCUGCGAGGCCUUUGUCAAGAUUCUGUUAUUUGGAAAACCAGAUUUGAAAAAAAAGAGACAGCUUCGAAGGAGGGCAUUUCUAUGGGAGGAUCAUCCAAGGAGAGAUGUUCAAAGAGUGCCAUCUGGGAUUCCAGGUUACCAAACAAUUGGGAUUCUGGGGUCACUUUGGAAAGACAGAAUCAGGAGAGAUGGUCCCCACAAGUUUCAUUCAAUCACAGAAUAAUUUCUAAUAAGUUGAAUGUUACUGAAUAUAAUAAUUCUGCCAGAAGCUUCAAGGUAGGGUCAAUUCUUGUUCCUAAACAGAAUGUUACUAUAGGAGAACAGCAGAGUCAGUCUGAUACCAUUGGCAAGAUCCUCAUACAGUCCUCAGAUGUUAUUAAGCAUAAUAAAAUUGCCUUAGGAAAGAAACUUUGUAAGUUUAAAUCCAAGAAGCCUCUCAAUUAUCAUUCAGACCUCUUUCAGUUUCGGAAAAUGCAUCCUGGAGAAAAACACCUUAAAUGUAGUCACUGUGGGAAAGCCUUUGGGAGCAGAUCAUGUCUCAUUGCACAUCAGAGAAUCCAUACUGGAGAAAAACCCUUUGAAUGUCCCGAAUGCGGAAAAGCCUACAGGCGUAAAGCACAUCUUACUCAGCACCAAAGAAUCCAUACCGGAGAGAAACCCUAUAAGUGUAACGACUGUGGGAAAGCUUUCAGCAUUGAUUCAUACCUCAUUAAACACCAGAGAAUCCAUACUGGAGAGAAGCCCUAUAAAUGUAGUCAGUGUGGGAAAGUUUUUAGCCAGAAAGGUCACCUUAAUCAACAUCAGAGGAUUCAUACUGGAGAGAAACCCUAUGAAUGCAAUGAAUGUGGGAAAACCUUUGGUCAGUCUAGACAUCUUAGUGAACAUAAACGAACUCACAGUAAAGAGAAACCCUUUGAAUGUAAUGAAUGUGGAAAACUCUUUAGACAGCUGAGAAACCUUAGUGAACAUCAGCGAAUUCACACUGGAGAGAAACCGUAUAAAUGUAAUGAAUGUGGGAAGGCCUUUAGCAACAAUUAUGUCCUCAUUCAACAUGAAAGAAUUCAUACGGGAGAGAAACCAUAUUCAUGUAACGAAUGUGGGAAGGCCUUCAGUCGUGGGACAUACCUUAUGAAACAUAAGAGAAUUCACACCGGAGAAAUACCCUAUAAAUGUAAUGACUGUGGGAAAGAAUUCACUGACAAAGCAUCCUUUAUUUACCAUCAGAGAAUUCAUACGGGAGAGAAACUCCAUAAAUGUAUUGAGUGUGGGAAAACUUUUAGCCAAAAAGGAAGUCUCAAAAUGCACAAGAUGAUUCAUACCGGAGAGAAACCAUUUGAGUGUCGUGAAUGUGGGAAAACUUUCAGAAACGGGGGUCACCUGAGUGUACAUAAAAGAAUUCAUACUGGAGAGAAACCUUUUGUAUGUAAUGAAUGUGGAAAAGCUUUCAGAGAUAGUGGAGGUCUUAGUGCUCAUCAGGAAAAACAUGGAGAAAAACGGUAUACGUGUACUGACUGUGGUAAAACCUUCAGAAAUAAGGGCUAUUUUCGUGUACAUCAGAAAACUCAUACUCAGGAGAGACACUAUAAUUGUAAUGAAUGUGGGAAACACUUCAAUUUAAGAGGAUCCUUUAUUAUUCAUCAGAGAGUCCACACUGGAGAGAAGCCCUAUAAAUGUAACAUAUGUGGGAAGGCUUUCAGUUACAAUACGUCCUACAGUAAACAUCUGAGAACUCAUACAGGAGAGAAGCCCUAUAAAUGCAAUGAAUGUGGAAAAGCUUUUACUCAGAGGGACUAUCUCAUUGAACAUGAGAGAAUUCACACUGGAGAGAAACCCUUCAAAUGUAAUGAAUGUGGAAGGGCCUUCAGGCAGAAGCAGACUUACAAUGCACAUAAAAAAAUUCAUACUAAAGAGAAACCUUUUAAAUAUAAUUAAUGUGGGAAAGUUUUCCACUAGGCAGACCAUGGUAGAGGGACACAGGUUUUUUUGUUUUGUUUUUUAACCAGUGAGAAUCCCCAUAAAUACAAUAAAUUUGAUAAAUAAUCAUCAUAAAACACAGUGAAAGCUAAUAAUUCAGAAACUGCACACUCAAGAAAAGCCCUAUGAACAUAAUGAACAUGGGCCAAACUUUAGGUUUUCAUUAGCUCAAAUUUUAUUUGUCAGGUAAUUAAUGCCAAUUAACUAUGUCUUUUAAAUAAGAUUAAGUAAGUAAUCUUAUCACCUCAAGAGUUAGAAUGUUCUAUUUUGUCCAAAGUACAAUAUCUGGAGAUUUGAGACAGAAAAGUGACUAUAUUUAAAAAAUAACUUUCAUGUCCCUUUCUGCUGGAAUACUCAUUUUAAAUCGGCAUUACCUAACACCUAGAUUGCACAUAUACCACAAGAGUUCCAGACCACAAUUUUAGAAAAGCCACGAAAAUAUUAGCAAAAAGGAGAAACCUGGGUAGCUUAGAACAAAGAAAUAAAACAUGAGAGAGAAAUAACAUAAGAUGAGUUUCCUGUCUAGAGCAGGAGGAUGCCUAAUGGUAAGGUACCUGUCUUCAUGUUUGUCUUAUGUAUCAAUUAAUUAUUUUGUGGCUCAGAUGGUCCACUUUACAUGUACUUUGCUGUCCUGGCUAGGAGCCUAAAACAGUCAUACAAAGUUAAAGCUGCGACAUAACUUGAAGAUCGCGUGAUUUAACGACCUCUAAUACUUAAAAGAUGGAUGGGACUUGGAGAAUAAAAAGAGGUAUUUUGGUUCUUCCUCCUGCUGCAAGGGAAAGUGAGGUUUCCAGUAAGCAAAGGUGAGACUGGCUGGUGAUGAGUGGCUGUCAGUUGACUCUACAGCAACCCCAAGUUCCUUUCCUGCAUGUGCACAUCUCAGUCUCACUUUUGAUAUGCUUGAAACAAUCUCCAAAUUUCUGGGAAAGGUGAGACUUGACAGAGAAGAUUCAGGUGCAGUUCCUGCAUGUGUUCUUUGUGUAAGAAAUUUGUUUUUGUGUUUCAUGCCACAUGAGACUGAUAAGAGAUCUGAAUUCACCUACAUGAGACCCAGAGAAACCGAAGUAUCACAUUCCCAGGGUGAGCCCUGGGUGGGACAGGGAUCAAUGCUAUACAAACAUGCCUUCUUUCAGGUAUAAUUUCUUCUAGAGUCCUGGGUCAGUACUUUGACCUGCUGGAUGGUCCCAUUGUUAAAGUAACAGAAUCUUCUUUGUUUUGAUCAGGGUUUACCCUGAUUUUUUACCCUGAUUCUGUGAGUUAGCACUGAUAUACUCAGUUAUCAACUUGGAUCCUCUCAGAAAAUCCCGCUGUGGGAACCCUAACUACAUAUGUCACUUAAGUAACCUUUCAACAUCACAAUCCAUAGAAGCAGGAUUAUGUGUUCCAUCAUAAAUAUAUACCAGUGGACACUGGUAAAUCCUGGGCUGGAGUAGAAAGCUCCACUUGGGAGUAAAUGCCCAAAUGAUGUGAAUAUCAUUGGAUUAGGCAACCAAGGCCCUUUCACACAGUGGACAGUGGUCUGUACCCAGUUUGUCAGCAUGUGUCCAAUUCGGCCCCAAAAGUGUUCACUCAACAUUACUGAAAAUACCUGGCUGUCUCCCAGGCAGCCCAUUGAGGUCAUCAAUGUGGGGGAAGGGGUUAAGGAUCAGCUAGUCUAGCUAGUCUAUUUAAUCUAGCUAAUCUACUUCCUUUCAAUCUAACUACUAAUGAAGCUGUAUCUCCAACUCUUCCCUCUAUUCCUCCAAAUCACAUUUGUUAACCAAAAAACGAUAUGGGGGGGGAAUAUAAGGAGCAAGGACCUGUCUCCAGGCAGUGCUAUUAGCAUCAUUCUAGUCGAUGGACAAAGAAAUUAGAGUAUGUUCUCAGGUGUCUGGGUGACGGUUUGUGGGAAACUGAGGUUCACUAAAAGUUUCAAGCUUUCCCUUUGUCCCGAUGAGUUGAAUUUGGGCCAACUGCUACAAAUCAUUGACAUCAUGCCUUCUCUCACAGCUACCAGUAAUUUAGCUCAAGCUCUUGUCACCUCUUGUCUAGAUUAUUACAGUGAUGUCCUUACCAGUCUUGCUACCUGAAGUCUCUCCACACUGUACUCCAUCCUCCACACAGUCAACAAAAUUAUUUUCUUUAAAUGCCAAUCUAUUUUUCUCAAAUUCCAGUGAUUUCCUUUUGCCUUGUAUAAAAUAAAUCUAAUUUUAAAAACUUUUUACAACCUGGCCCCAACCUGUCUAUCCAGCCUUGUUUUUCCUCCCAUUACCUGCAAUCCAGACAAAUUAGCCUCUCUGUACUUCACAUGUGACAUAACAUUCCAUUUUGUAUUUAUUUAUAUGUAUUCUCUUUAUAUUUGUUCUGUAUAUAUUUGUGUACUUGUCUCAUUCGAAUGUGACCUUUUAAGAGUGGGUUUUGUUUCAUGCUUUGUAUUUAUCUAUAUUCCUGCCUAGAACAGCGCCUGGUAGGUGGUAGAUGUAUAACUGCUUAUUGAUGGCUCUCCCAUUCUCUUCCAGGUCCUAGUCCAGAAAUAUGGUAUGGAGCAUUGGGCCAGUCUGAUCAGUUGGGCUGGGCAGAAGGACCAGGCCCUUGUUCUCUGUGGGUAUAACAUUUCUCCUCCUUGUCAUAUUGAGACACAGUGGGUGAGUGAUUCUGCCCCCACUCUGGCAAUUCAGGUGUCCCAUAUUUCAAAGUCCAACAUGAUCAUGACAACAAAGCAGUAUGCUAUCUUACAGUGGACUGUGGGUUUGGAAUAAGAGACCAGAGCCUGAAUUAUUGGUUAUAACAUUGACUAGGUUUGUGGUCUUUAGAAAGUGAUUUAAUCCCUCCGAAGCUUAUAAAUGUUUCCUUCAUUUAUUCUCUAUAAAUUAUUGUAUGUUGGGUCUUAUUCUCACUAAAAGAGAAAAACUGGUUUCUGGAGUAGAAAUGAUCUCCUUCUAGAAGGAAAUGAACACUCCUAGAGUUUGUGGUAGACUGUAGGAAAUCUUAAUUUAGUCUAGUCUGACAUGUAUCCUAGAUUUUGACUGGAGAUUGGAAAAGGGAAAAUAGGGUCCUGGAAACUAAAUUGUAGCAGCAGUCAACUUCAAAAGGAUGGGACAUGUUCAAGAACAAAUUUCUAAAGAUACAAAGGAAAAACAUUUCAAUGAGGAAAAAAAUGAAAGACUUGUUGAUUUAUUUUUUUUAAAGACAGAUGUAAAGAAUAUUGUAACAUUAUCCAGUAUGAGAAUUAACAAAAACCUAGGUCUACUGCAAAAUAUAUUUGCAGGAAUGCUAAAAAUUCUGAAUGAGCUGUGGAUGAUCAUAGAAAUCAAGAACAACCAAAAAAGAUUCUUUUAAUUAUAUUAGGAGUCAAAGGAGGAUAAAAGCAUGGAUAUGUUUGUGAUAUGACAACGGACAUCAUGGCUGCUCUGUUCUCAUUUUAUAUUGUCUCAUCUAAAGAGAAUGAACUUUGCUUUGGAAAUGACAGAAAUGACUUCUCCAUUGGUACCUGAGAUGAGUAAGAAGAUAUAGUAGGGAGCACCUAGUUGCCUUUGAGUAAUUCAGGCCUCCUGGCCCAGAUGACCUAUAUCUGUGGGUCUCAUCUUGGCAGGUCAGAUUGCUGACUCCCUAACAUUGAACAGUCAUGGAAGAUAGAAACAGUAGCACAAGAUUAGGGAAGGGCAAAUGCCCUGGUUUUCAGAAGGGAAGAGAUCAAUCUGCACCCUUAGGCCAGUGAAUUUGAUUGUGACUCCUAGGAAAAUCCUAGGUAGAUCAUUAAUGAAAGGUCUUUGGUGAUCUAAGAAGAGAAGCAGUGAUUAUAAAGAGGCAACAGAGGGGCCAGGCUAAUCUCAUUUCCCUUUUUUUGGCAGGUUGUUAGUAAGUGGAGGUAAUACUGAGGACAUAAUUUACCUAGGUUUUUAGCAAAGUAUCUUUAACUCUUCUCAGGAAGAAGCUGAGACAAUGAGCUAGAUGAUCUGGGAGAUAGCAAGCAGACUCUGAUGGGUUAGAGACUCGGGCUGGGCUUAACAAGGGGAAUUUCAGCAGGAUAAAUGUAAAGUUGUUUGGUCCUCAGUGGUCUGUGAACUCAGUGGGAGUCAGUGCUGGGAGGAAAGGCUUCACUCCCUGGAUCAGGGAAGUUUGAGACCUGUCAGGUCUCUUCUGAGGCACGUGUCCAGUUCUAGUUGGUACUGCGUAAGAGAGGAUGUUGGUCAGCUUGGAGAGCAUUCAGAGAGGGCAGCCAGGACGGUGAAGGACAUUGGGUCGGUUCAUGGGGGUAUCUGGGGAAGGAAAGUGACCCCAGAGGAGAGAGGACUCCGAAAGGGAAUUAAAACUAGUCACUUGUUUCAUUGUUUUGUGCUAGUUGCUUAAAGUCUUUUUUUUUUUUAAUUCAGUAAGAUAUCAUUCUGUCAACAUCAGUAACUUUUUUUGUUUUUAGUCAGCAUUAUCUGGUUUCAAAAUCAAGUCGGCCUUUACCCUUACACUGGGUAUUCCCCCUUCUCUUCUCCAUAGUUAGCCAGUCUUAUCUGUUGUUAGGAUUGCUUCCUAAUGAAGUAACCUACCUAUCCUUGCUUCUGUCAUUAUUAUUAUUAUUAUUUGGGGGGUGGGGUGGGCAAUCAGUUCAUUGACUCAUCUGCCAUAUUCCCUGAAAUGGAUUUGAUCAAGUUGUCACUUCUCAGUUUGGCCACUUUGGGAAACUCCUCCAUUUAAUUCUUUCCUAGGUCAGGAGCAGACAACCAGUCUGGUUAUGGAACCUUGUCUUGUUUUGAUUGUGUCUCUCCUUUCUCAGCCCGAGUUUGACUACUCUGUGUGAUGAGUCUUUGUUAAAAUUAAACUGAAAAAUAAAGGUGUUAUUCUAGUUGCAAACUUGUUUCCUGUUUUGUCUUUUGAAUUUUGCCUUUGUUCCUUGCAUGAGGCCUUCAGAUAAAGGUGUAACUAGAGACUCCCAAACAGGGGCUUUAACUGAGGAGGCCCACUUCCCGGCAGUCAUACCCUGGCCGCUCACCCAUGGAAGGUACAGGUCAUCAUCAUGCCUAGUUCCUUGAUGGGCAAAGGCGACAUUGUCUCUCAGCAGCUGGUAGAGAAAUGGAGUGUAGAGAAGAAGCACCAGGUCGAAGCAUCAUAGGCUGCAGCUUGGGGAGCCCGUGGCUGGCUUUUGUCCAGAGUGAUGCCAGGACACCCACCUGUCCUUGAAGUCACUUCAAUCCUGAGACCUCCUCGUGCCCUCCACCUUGCAGCCGUACUUCUCGACACUCAGAUGGAUUCAGAUGUCUUCAGAGCACCCCCAGGUCGUUUUCGGGAUGCCGAGCCCCUGGGGAUGGAACACUGAAAUGAACCAAUCUCCUGUGAAAUGGCCCAACCUUGGAGACAGUUUUAGGAAAUACAAACCGAUGGAUCUUGCUUCCCUUGUUACCAUUACGGGCAGUCCUUGCCUGGUCCUCUGCUUGUCUCUUCCUAAGCCAUCCUCCUCCAAGUUUGGCUAGACCCUGAAUUCACCCUGGACUUUCCAGGCACCUCUACCUUAACUAAAUGGCAGGGAUCACUGGUGUGGUCGGUGGCUCGAGACACACAAUACAGUUUACAAUUCCAACAGAAACCUACUCAAAGGCCCGGGAUGCCAUUCGGUCUCCAGUCCUUCCUGACCCAGGGGAAAUUUCAGUCAGGCUGAAGCCAGGACCCAGCACCUGUCCUCCUCCUACUCUUCUUCCCUGGUUUAAGAAUUUUAAAAAUCAGCUAGGAAAAAAAACCUAGAGAGAAAAAGGCAGUGACUAACAGCUGGGUCUCUGAAGAACAAGGAAUACAAAACAUACUUUUACAUUGGAUCUGCGUUAUUAACUUUUAAUCCAUUACUUUCUUACACCUGAGGUGUAAACACUCCCACAGAAAAUCUGUCAGAGCCGUUGUAAGCUGCCCUUCACACCACUGGAUGAGUCUCUCUGGCUUAUUAUAGUUCCACGUUAUACCUCGGUGGGCCUGUCUUGCCCCCUUCCUUGCACUUCCUUGCAGCUGCUGCCUCCUAAUGCAACCUGAAAAUCUGGCUCUAGGACUCCCAGGAAUCCCCUUUGCUCCGCAUUCAGUGACUCUUUAAAUCCCAAACCAGCCCUGCUGUUCCUAGGCUCGCUCCUGAUGGAAGGGGUUCGUCCGCAGCUUCUGCCUAAGACUAAUGGGCAGAGGGGAUGGUGGGUGACUCCCUCUGGGUUCCAGAUCCUUUUCAGGCUGACCCAUGGAGAGAGAGGGGCGUACAGAGAGGGUCUGACGCGCAGACACAGAGAGGGAGCCAGAGGAUCAGGGAACCAGAGGAUCAGGGAGCCAGA